AGCAGUUGUCCUCUGCUUCCGAGUGCCAGGCGCCGCCGCCUCUGAGGGGAGAAAGGGAGGGAAGGAGGAGGGGAGAGAGGGAGCGAAGUGUCAUCAUUCCUAUGAAUUGGCUGGGCGGCCACAGCGAUAACAGCAGCGCCGCUCCGCCUUCCUCUCGCCGGAUACCUGAGGGCAGGCGGCAGCGCCGGCGUCAAAUGGGCAGCGGCGACAGCAGCCGCACCAGCCGAGGGGGCGGCGGCGGCAGGAGCUGACAGAGCCGCAAACUCACCUCGGGUCCGAACUUCCCUCGUCGGGCAAAAGGCAGCCACUUCCCGUGAGGGGAGAACUCGUGGAGGAGGAGGAGGCGGCCGAGCAAAACUUCCUGCCGUCGAAGAGGACGAGGAAAGUUGCCGCCGGCAGCCGAGGGCAGGAAGCGCGGGCUGGUCCCGCCGGCCCGCUCUGGCUGUGGCGCUUUGGUGACGACGGAUUGCCCCACGGGCGCCGCCGGCCUACAGGGGGCGCUGAGUCCCGGAGCCCCGCGCGAUGCCCGCCGUCAGCCUGUUGCCGCUCUUCGGCAGCCCCGCCGGCCCGGGCGCCCUGGGCGGCCCUCUGGGCGGAGGUCCGUUGGGCGGGCCCGGAGGCAGGAAAGUCCCCGGCCCCAGCGGCGCGUUCCGCCUGACCGAGAAGUUCGUGCUGCUGCUGGUCUUCAGCGCCUUCAUCACUCUCUGCUUCGGGGCCAUCUUCUUCCUGCCGGACUCCCCCAAGCUGCUCAGCGGCGUCUUCUUCCACUCCAGCAGCAACCUACAGCAGCAGCAGCCGCCGCCGCCCCCGGCACACGGGGAACACCAGCGCCCGCCGCAGCCGCCCGGAGCCGGGAGUAGUAGCAGCGGCUAUGGGGCCGGAGGGGCUGCCGCCGCUGCUGUUGCAGAGGAAGCCGCGGAGAACUUGGCCAAGAUCCGCGAGGACCACGAGCGAGCUUUGCGGGAGGCGAAAGAAACCCUCCAGAAGCUGCCCGACGAGAUCCGCAGGGACAUCCACCAGGACAAGGCGAAGUUUCUGCUCCAGGACAAGUUGGGCAGGAGGGAGGCGGGGGCCGCCGGGCUGCCGGACUUGCCGUUCCGCAAACCCGUCGGGGCCGUGGGAGGGGAACCGACCGACCUCGCCAUCCGGAAGAAAAGGGAGAAGAUCAAAGAGAUGAUGAAACAUGCCUGGGAUAAUUAUAAACAUUACGCAUGGGGAUUAAAUGAACUGAAACCCAUAUCGAAACAAGGACACUCAAGCAAUUUAUUUGGUAAUAUUCAAGGAGCAACAAUUGUCGAUGCCUUGGAUACACUGUACAUCAUGGAAAUGAAAGAUGAAUUUAAAGAAGCUAAAGAAUGGGUAGAGAAAAAUCUAGAUUUCAAUGUGAAUGCAGAGGUUUCCGUUUUUGAAGUGAACAUUCGCUUUGUUGGUGGGCUGCUUUCAGCAUACUACCUUUCUGGAGAAGAGGUAUUUCGGAAGAAAGCAGUAGAACUAGGAGAGAAACUGCUUCCAGCCUUUAACACCCCGACAGGAAUUCCUUGGGCAUUGUUAAAUAUCAAAAGUGGCAUUGGUCGCAACUGGCCCUGGGCUUCAGGAGGAAGCAGUAUUUUGGCAGAAUUUGGAACUCUGCAUUUGGAAUUUAUGCAUCUAAGCCACUUAUCUGGAAAUCCAGUGUUUGCUGAAAAGGUUAUGAACAUUAGAAAAGUUUUAAAACGAUUGGAUAAGCCAGAAGGUCUUUAUCCUAAUUACCUAAAUCCGAGUAGUGGUCAAUGGGGUCAACAUCAUGUGUCAAUUGGAGGGCUUGGAGAUAGCUUUUAUGAAUAUUUGCUGAAGGCAUGGCUAAUGUCAGACAAGACAGAUGAAGAAGGCAUGCAGAUGUAUUAUGAUGCUGUUCAGUCUAUCGAAACCCAUCUGCUCCGAAAAUCUAGCACUGGUUUGAUGUACAUUGCUGAGUGGAAGGGUGGGCUACUUGAACACAAAAUGGGCCACCUCACUUGCUUUGCUGGAGGGAUGUUCGUUCUGGGUGCAGAUGGAGCACCUGCUGAUAAAACUGGACGUCACAUUGAACUUGGUGCUGAAAUUGCCCGCACAUGUCAUGAGUCUUAUGAUCGCACAAGCAUGAAGCUGGGACCAGAAGCUUUCAGGUUUGAUGGUGGAGUUGAGGCAAUUGCUACUAGACAGAAUGAAAAAUACUACAUCUUACGGCCUGAAGUUAUCGAAACCUACAUGUAUAUGUGGAGAUUCACUCAUGAUCCAAAGUACCGGCAGUGGGGCUGGGAAGCUGUAGAGGCAUUGGAAAAAUACUGCAGAGUAGAUGGCGGCUAUUCUGGUGUUAGGGAUGUUUACAGCAACCGUCAAACCCAUGAUGAUGUGCAGCAGAGUUUCUUCCUUUCAGAAACACUCAAGUAUUUAUAUUUAUUAUUUUCUGAAGAUGAUCUUCUACCGUUUGAACAUUGGGUCUUUAACACUGAGGCACACCCUCUACCAGUUCUGAAAAAAGAAGAGGAGGAAAAAAGAAAAAGCCAAUAAAAUAAUGCUGAAUUCUGUUUGGGACACACAAUGUAGUAAUUAAAAUUCCAUCAUUUUUUAGUUUUGAAUCAAUCUUUUGCAGUCGGGUGUCUACCCAUACAAUAUUUAUCAAGGGACCUAAAGUAAUUAAUUAUAAUUAAACGUAUUUAUCUUUUGACAGGAAUUGUAACUUGUCAUCUCUAGAUUUUGUUAGGCUGCAGUGUGCAUCUGGCCAAAUAGAAUACAGAGGUCAGCAUGUUACUUGUUUUCCGUUUUGUUUUUGACUGCAAAAUCCUUUCCUCCUCUGUGAGGAGAUGUCUGCUUUAAGCUGUAAUACUUUGCUGUGUUGCAAAAAGCCAUAAAGAAUUAAGUAUGAAGAGCUUUUUCUUUUUUAAUAUAUGUUAAUGUGGUUUGUCUAUUACUAGAGACAAAUCUGACUGUGACAGCCUCUUCUUAUGCGGGUCUAUCAUUAAUUGGUAAUUUGAAUACUUUAGAAGGUGUUCUGUUCAUAAGAAUAGUUUCAUCUCAUCUGUGUGCACUAUUAUGUUAAACUGUGGCUUUUCUUGAUAGGCAAAGUCCAGAUGUUGAAACCCUUAUCUAAUAAUUUUAGAACAUAACUGCAAAUCAACUUAAACACAAGUAAAUUUAGAGUCCUCCCCCCCCCCCAAUAUUUGGUUUCACAAGCAGCCACAACACCAAGAUCGUAGCAGCUGCCAUCUGAACUUACCCUUAUUUCCAACAAUUUGAGACUGCAGUUCUCAAAACCUUCUGUUAGUGCAAAGAUUCAGCAUUAUUUGCAUUUGAAGGCACAACCUGGUGUCUCCUGAAACUUGUAAUUUCUUAUGAGAAAUGGGCUGAUCUGUGAACUCCUCUAUGUUAAGCCUUAGUCCAUUUCGAGACUAGGACUGGCUAGUGUUGCAAGUAUGUUGAUUGCCAUUUCAGACAUUCCACUGUGUGACCAGGAACAAUGCUGUGGAAGUAGGAAGAGAAGGUGCUAUGCUUUAGAAAUCCACAUUUCAGCUUUCAUUCACAUUUGAGAGAUGGAAACAAACCACUACUGCUUUAAAUGCUUUGCUUUAAAAAAUAUUCCUCUAUGUACUCAUAUUAAUGAGUGUUAAUCAAAGUGACAGAAAUGGAAUGUUGGUUGAGACAGCCCAAUUUUUUUCAAUAACUUUGGUUAGUAGUCUAAUCAGAGGAUGAAACAGCACCGCUUUUUCCAGUUUACCAGUUGGGAUGCCUUUCUGAAAAGAAUAGCUUUUAAUUAGUGGUUAAUAUAUUAAAACUACUUGACCACAUAGGUGCUUGUGAUUUAACAGGUCAACACCAUAGCCGCCAAGUUUUCCCUUUUCUCGCGAGCAAGCCUAUUCAGCAUAAUGGAAUUUCCCUUAAAAAAGGGGAUAACUUGGCAGCUAUGGUCAACACUGUUAUUCUAAUCUACUGCAACCCUUGUUAUGCUAAGAAAUAUGAGAACCACAGAUUUGAUCCAACACAGGUAACUCCUUGGUAGCUAAAGGACUUUUUGGAAUGGUGCAUAAAAUGAGUGAUCCGCAGAUUUAAAAAAUCUGGUGAUAAUCUGCAUCAGUUUCUGCGCUGAUGAACAGCUUUAUACAAUGCUAACUUUCAGUAUAAUAGAUUUUCGCAGGACUAUGCCACAGCAUUUGUGAAGGUCAUGGCAGUGUUCUGUUGCACAAGAUUAGGCCAUAGGAAUGAAAUCUCUUAUAUUUCAAUCUAGUAAAAUAGUGAGAACACACAAGCAAUAAUUCCCCCCAAAUUUAUGUCUGAUUUCUCUUUCUGCGCCUCUCCAUGCUACAUUCAUUCCCUACCCACCCAUCCCAAUUUUUUUAAAAAAAUUAUUCUAAGAUCAGGCAUGGUAGCUGAAGAAUCAAAGGAAACCAUGCGAGUUGCUGGCACACAUGUAUCUCUGUUUAUUACAAAUGAAUUGGCUAGCAAAUUUACUUAUACUAAAACUUGAUUAUUAUUCAAGACUGAUGUUCAAAUAAUUGGAUAUGGUGUUGGUAUAUGGAUUUUUUAAGCCAUCACAAGAACCAUUAUAAUAAAGUAUAAUAAUGAAAAUACAAGCUUUUUUCCCUUUAUUUAACUAGAAUUGGUGUCAUGUUUCUGAUUCUGGACUUCUGCUAACAUCUUUAUAGUCCAGAAAAUCAGUUAGACUAAUUAAAAUAAGCCUUUCAUAUGCUCUGUUCUUGUGCUAUGUGUCUGUGUGCUUAAUUCUUUACUCAUUUACGUGAGACAUUAAUUCAAAUGUUAUUCACGUUAAACAUUUUUAUUUGAAAAGAGUUUGAAAGCCUGAUGUAUAGAAAAUCAAUACUGUGGUAAAUCUAAACAUUUCUUUACUAUCUGCUAUGAGAAACUUUAUAUUUUAUCCUCCCUUCCCCUCCCUUUGAAGGAAUGAAGGUGAAAGGAGCUUUUGCUUUAUUUCUAGCACACAGGCUAUAAUGCAUUUUUCAAACUGCAAAGAACAUCCUAUUGUAUCACCCAAAGCACUAUUGUGUGUAUAUUCAAAGUCUAAAUGCAGAAUGGAAUUAAAUUCUCAAUUUUUUUUUGAGCAAAUAGUGGUGGCUUCUGCCAUAUAAAGAAAAUAUAUGCAACACACAAGCAAGAGGACAGGGUCAAAAUAUACUCAGCCGUACAGGUAUUCUCAUCUGGUAACUUGGAAUGAUGUAAGCCUGCUGGUAUUGAUUGGCAGAACUCUGUUUUUAAGCUUAAUUGGCUCUUCAAAACCUAAAAUGGGAAAGCAAAUGCAAGACAACAAUUAAAUGUAGGGCUACAGAGUCACCACAAUUUUAGAAGGUUGCUAACUCUAUAAGUUUUUUUAUUUUUAAUGAUAUUUUUAAAUGAUUUCCUAAGCUUAAGUUACAGCUUCAACAGAAGAACCCCCUCUUACUUUCUGUGGAAGCUAGUUUUGAUGGGGGGAAUCCAUCUUCUGAGCAAAUUUCUCCCACAGAGGCAUAGUAGUAUAAUGUGAAUUGUCUUAUUUGAGAUCCUAUAUGAGGAAUAAGCCUUAGAAACAAAAGCAGAGGGCCUCUUCUAAGACUGAGCCAAUAAAAACGGCAGUGAUCUUGGAUUACCUAGUAUGGUUUUCAGUUUUCUAAUAUAGUAUUCCAUUUCUGCCUUCUGACUAAAGUCCUGCCAGCCUCCAUUUUAAACAGGCUGCCUUGUAGAAUUACCAUGCCCUUUUUUUGUGCCAAUUGAUUGCUUCUCCUCUUCAUGCAUCAAUCUGGAACAUUUUGUUUAAAAAAUGAUCUGUAGAUAUAUAAUCUGCUAUGUAUAGCUAAGACAAAUUGUCCUGAUUUUCCAAGGUCAAAAUCCUUUGGAUCACAAUAUUUUCUGUUCACUUUAAUAGGCUUUUAAACAUUCCAAGAGAUGGCAUCAUUGAACUUAAGUAGGCCUUUGUAGACUUGUCCUUCUGGGCUUUCAGCAGAUGUUCAUACAUAAAAGUAUUGUCUGGUUGAGCAAAGCUCAGUAAACCCUAUAGCCCUCAAACUAUAAUGCCAUAUGUAGUGAAUUGUUAAAAACAAUAUUCAGUCCAACCCCAUAUUCUAGGCAGGAUAUACUACUACACCUUAAGCUCCCUGUUUCACAAAAAUGUCCUGAUGGAAGCCUUUAAAGGGAAUCAUUUUUCCAACACUCUCUAACAGUAGUAUUUUGUCAGUGGUUCAGUUCCAGUUGACAUCUUUUAUUGCCUAAUGCAGGCAUAGGCAAACUCAGCCCUCCAGAUGUUUUGGGGCUACAACUCCCAUCAUCCCUGACCACUGGCCCUGUUAGCUAGGGAUCAUGGGAGUUGUAGUCCCAAAACAUCUGGAGGGCUGAGUUUGCCUAUGCCUGGCCUAAUGCAUAGAUUUCUCCCCUAUUUGUUGCCAAUCUUCCAGUGAGGACCUCAUCAAAACCCACUGGUGCCAUUUUGGGGAAACCUGGCCAAAUGUGUGAAAUGGUUACUGUGCUUCUGUGAAACAUUUUUUUUUGUCAGUCACUAUAAACAGAGUCGAAAUAGAAAUUUAUAAAUGCAGCAGGAAUUGUACUGGAUAUUUCUUAUUUUUCCUCUUGCAGGCAAUUUAGUGAUUAUUUAACCAGGUUUAUUUUCCUUAAGAUAUUUGACACAAGUGUUUUGAUCAGUUAAAUAUUUCUCUUUAUGGGAAGUUUUGAUUAUAGUAGGUUUUUGUUCAUUGGUCUUAUUAUUUGAAAGAGCACAAUGUUUCUAUAACAUACAGUAAUCAGGUUGUAUGUACAAGCUGCACUAUAAUGUACCUUUUUUGUAAAGUGAUGUAAGUAGACAAGAAGAUUGUAUCCCUGUAGAACUGCAAAGUGUCAGAGAAACAUGUUUUUAUAUCCUCAAAGCAGUGAUUUAUGUUAACACAAAACACCAAAGUAUAAAACUUCAGAGUGAUCACCAUUUAAAAAGUUGUAGCUACAGUCCUGAAAUUAUUUACAAUGGUGUAAAUAGCUUCAGAAUUAACUUUUAGUAAAAUAACACUGUGUUUACAUUCAGUAGGAGUAACUAUGGGUGACUGAGCUAAUGCUGACCACUGUAUAUGUAAUUUAAGGCAAUUUUUAAUUUUUAAAAAAGUGUCUCUUCCUGUUUCAACAGUGUCUAAAUUUACAUUGCUCUUCAGCAUAUCACACUGCAGUUGUUUAAAUAUAUAUUAAAUCCUAAGAAAUGCGAAUUUAAAUUCCAUGUUUGUUUAUAUGACAGCUCUAUGAUACCCGGUGACACCUUGUUGAUUCAGUAAACUUGUGUGGUCAUAUUGUGUAUUUUUUUCUUAUUAUUUCUGCAUAUCCCACUUAGUUUUCUUCCACCUUUAUAGAAAUCUCUGAAGUUAUAAGAGAACAAAAUGCUUACUUUUUAAGAACUAUAUUUGUAAAACAAAACAAAAAAAAAUCUAUUGUGAAUAAAGUCUUUUAAUACA